CACUCUAACACUACAAUAAAUGGCAACUGAGAAAAACUCCAAUGGCUAUGAAGGGUUGCUACCUUUAUGCUUGAGAUGGUUAAAGCCCAUAUUUGCAAAACUCUCGAACAAGGCGGUCAAGCUAGCAACAAUGACGAAGAAGCUAGCGAAAGACGACUCGAGAAGGGUAGUUCACGCUUUCAAGGUUGGGUUAGCAAUAUCCUUGGUGUCUUUGUUGUACUAUUUCAAAGCUUUGUAUGAUGGAUUUGGAACCUCUACGAUGUGGGCUAUUGUUACUGUCAUUGUCGUCGAUGAGUUUUCAGUUGGAGGGACACUAGGGCGAGGUUUAAAUAGAGUGAUGGCAACUCUUUUAGCUGGGGGUCUAGGGUUUGGGGCUCAUUAUUUGGCAAGCUUGGGUGGAGACACUGGCCGUCCAAUAAUACUUGCCUUCUUUGUGUUCUUAUUAGCUUCAAUAUCAACAUUCACAAGAUUCUUCCCAAAGAUAAAGGCAAGAUAUGACUAUGGGAUGCUGAUAUUCAUAUUGACAUUCUGUAUGGUAUCACUAUCAGGAUACAGAGAUGAUGAAAUUGCAAAGCUUGCAUUAAGUAGAAUUUUAACAAUUCUCAUUGGUUGCUGUUUCACACUCUUUGUUUGCAUUUUUGUGAGACCUGUUUGGGCUGGCACUGAUCUUCACUGUUUGGUUGCCAACAACAUUCAAUCCCUUGCCCUAUUCUUUCAAGGCUUCGGGGCUGAAUUUUUUAGGUUAUCACAAGAAGAAGUUUCCAAGGAUGACAUGCAAAAAUAUAGAACUAUUCUCAACUCAAAAUCGAAUGAAGAAUCAUUGACUAACCUUGCAAGAUGGGAGCCUCGGCAUGGGAAGUUUAGAUAUCGCCAUCCAUGGAAGCAAUAUUUGAAAAUUGGAAGCUUGAAUAGAGAGUGUGCCUAUCGCCUUGAACUUCUUAAUGGAUACCUCAAAACCAACCAAUUUCAAAUGCCAUCACAACAAAUCCAUGGUCCAUUUAAAGAGGAAUGUAUGAAGAUUUGCAGUGAAUCAAGUAGGGGAUUAAGAGAACUAGCAUUAGCACUAAGAAAAAUGGUUCUUCCACUAACAGCCAAAUCCCACAUAGAGAAAGCAAAGGUUGCAGCUGAAGAUCUCAAGUCUCAUUUGGAAGAAUGGAGAUUUGAAGAAGUAAAUAAUGCCAUGGAGAUUGUUCAAGUUGUUUCAUUGGCAUCACUUCUAUUUGACACAAUUUGUUGCAUUGAGAAGAUUGUGGAUUCAGUCCAAGAGUUGGCUUCAAUGGCAGGUUUCAAAGCUGUGGAAGUACAAUCUAGUGUGGCACCAGAACAACAAAUGGAUUUGCAAGAUCAAGAUCAAUAUUCAUUGCAGCCAUCCCAUGGAGCUGCUGUCCUUUUAGCUCAUCAUGCCAUUACCAUCGAUGAACAAAGUCCUUGUUAAUAUUUUGGAAACAUUUUCACAUUUAAAAUGGAUUUGGUAGUUAAAACAUAAAAGAGAGUAUAAAAUUUUAUAUACGUGUGGUUCCAUCUCUCAAAAUCAAUAAGUAAUGAGAGGAAUUAAUCUACGUAUGGAGUCUAGAUUGUUUGAGGUUUUUUCAUCUGCUGGAUGUGUGAGAUCCUCCUUAAUAUGUGUCUCUUAAGAGCACUUUUUCGGAUUUAUCAUUAUUAGGUCGUACUUCAAUUAUUUUUACCAAAGACUGAUCAUUUAAGCUUCAUUAGACGGUCUACAAUACACAAUCUUUUAUAUAUAAAGACUAAACAGAGAUCUAUUUUUCUUCCCA